AUGGAAAAUCAAAGCAGGACUCAUACGAUUAAUCACCAAGACGAAAACGUUAAUGGAAACAAAAAUAAGUCGAAAGUGUUCCAACGUGAUAUAUUCAAGAAAGACACAAUUCCUGAUGCCGAGUGUGAGAAAAAACCGCUAAAUGCUUUCUCACGAAGAACCUGCUGCCAUGUCCAGGCAAAGGUUGACACUGGUCUUGGCUCCAAAUCUAUUCAAGCAUCGUCGAGGCCACCUCUACACACCACACGUGCUGCAAUGCUUACUAGAAAUGCUGUUAAAGAAGCUCCCAAAGAAAAGACAUUGAAAUUGAACCAAUUAAGAAGAAUUAAGGACCUAUACACUUCCUUAAUUGGUUCAAGAGACCAGAUAAAUCUUAAACUCAGUCCCAUUCAAGAGAUUAGUGAAGAAGGACAGAUUCAUAUUAUUAAAGACACUAUGGACUCUCUAGGAAAAAAGGAUUUAAUGGAAACUAUUCUAGUCUUGGUGAUUAAUCUAGCACAAAAAAUACACUUGUAA